AUUCGGGAAGUACCAGAGGGGGGGGUUAGUUCAUAUUGCCCCUGGGCAAACCCUUGAACACUUUAAAUUACAGCUUUCUAAUUUCCAUUUAAUUAUUUUGUAAUAAGGGGAGACCUGGGAGUGAGGAGGGCUACUUCUCGGUGCGGUGAUGCGAUGUCAUUGUAGUCAGUCUUGUAAAGAGGUUCCAGUCGUCAAUUUUGGACAACACCUAUUUGUUUGUAAUUUUUUUUUUUUUUUUAAAGCAGACAAUUUGAUGCCUCAAUCAUGUUGUUUGUUCUUUUGCCAUAAACUGGACAGAUGGAGUAGCUUACUUUGUGUAUAAAAUCUGGAAUAGCCAUCAAUCUAUCUUCUGUCCUGCCUCUUAGGAUGAACUGGAGCCUGUCACUGCUGACUUUGGGCGAGUUCUGGAUGCCAGCCAAUCACAAGGCACAGAGAGAAAAGCAAAUCAUUCACUCUGACGGAGGCAUCGAUGGACAACUUUGGAAUGUGCGAGGAUACUCGAGUACCUGGAGAAAACUACUUUUAAGCAAACUCCAUACAGGAGGGCCUGAACUCUCGAUUUGGACCUCAGAACUACCCUCCCGUUGGCAGGGCACCGCUGGGAUCGUGUAGCGUCCCACGAUCAGUGAUGAGAUGAUGUCAGUGCCAGCGUCUGAUGCAAGAGAUAUUUCUCGGUCAGCAAAAUGGCUUUCGACACAACAGGUCAGGAGAAAGCAGCUCUGUUAUCACUUUCAUCUACGCGUCCUGGCUCUUGGCUCUCCCAGCCCUGACGCAUGCCUCAAAUAUGAGUCGCAUCACCCGGAGACUGCGCGCCGUUGCUUCAUAGGAAUUUUGUUCCAGACUGACCAUCGCAAUGCAUCUCACGGCAGCGCUCUUGUUUGUAGCCGUAACAGGCGUCGCCGGAGGUUGGGGAUGCAGCUGCAACGCAGAGAAUGGCUUUUGUGAGAAGACCGGAAAGUGCAGGUGCAAACCAGGCUGGCAAGGAGUCCAUUGCGAGCGUUGCAUCCCCUUCCCGGGCUGCCUGCAUGGCUCCUGCGAGAAAGCGUGGCAGUGUGUGUGUCAGCAGGGCUGGGUGGGCAGCCUCUGUGACCAAGAUAUUCGCCUGUGCUCAUCACAGCCUUGUUCUGGGAAUGCCACCUGCAUAGAGACCGGAGAAGGGGGAUACUUGUGCGUCUGUCCCCAAGGUUUCACCGGACCGACCUGUCAGUUGAAGAGGAACAUCUGUCUCAUUGAUGGCUCUCCUUGCCAGAAUGGAGGCACUUGUACCGAAACGGGUGACGCCUUGGAGUCUUCCUGUUUAUGCCCCGCUGGAUUUUCUGGAAACCACUGCGAGAUCCCUCCUGACAUCUGUCAUUCCAACCCGUGUCUAAAUGGCGGCAACUGCACAGACCACGGCGCGACCUUCGCAUGCUCCUGCCCAGCAGGCUUCGUCGGUUUGACUUGUAACGACACCGGCUUCUCUCCGUGCGCCGCCGCACCCUGCGCCAACGGGGCCACGUGUGUCAGCUACCCCGACGGAAACUUCCGCUGCGUUUGCCCCAAAUGGUUUUCGGGCCGGCUUUGUUCCGCGCAGCACCGGCCGAAAGCCAAGCCCAAGCAGGCUGCCGCCAAGCCCCCCGACCACAGGGUGUUCUCGCUGACCCCGCAGCACUACUCGCUUCCUGCCCACGCCUUCCACAAGCUUCUCCAACCACCCGAGAGGGAUCUGCUCAAGAUCACGCUGAAAGAGACGGUGCACCACUCCCCCACUGUGCUGUCCAGCCACGGUCAGCUGGUGUGUUUCGGCAUGCUAGCCCUGCUCACCUGCCUGGUCAUUCUGGCCACCACGGGCAUCGUGCUGUUCGGCCGCUGUGAGGCGUGGCUGGUCAACGCCAAAUACAGCAAGCUCGUGCGGCAGCAGCGCGAGCACCUGCUGAAGGAGGCGGGCGGGGCGAGCCACGAGGACACAGAACACUCGGUGAACAUCAUCCUGCCGGAGAAGAUCAGACUGAACAGCUUCGGGAAGCACUAUACGUCCAUCUGACCUCUGGAAGGUGUUUACAGCGAAUGUAUAGCAGAGGUGGACCUUGUCGAUUUACGUUUGAAUGUACAUUCCAGCACAAAUAUGGCACUUGAUUGUAAGUACUUUAAUGCAGGGGUUCUCAAACUUCUUGGGUCCUCAUUUCUCCAAGGACUCCCUCAUAACACAAAUUAAACAUAAGGACAAUGUGUACCCCUGAAUGCCUCGGGAAUGAUUUAUAUUUGAAGCGUUUCAACCUACAUGACCUGUUUAAAAGAAAGGAACUUAAUCCAAUUGAAAUAAUUGCAAGAUUUAUCCAUCAUCAGCCGGCAUGCACUGCUUCCACUAACAACAAGGCGUGACCGGAAAGGAGCUUGUGUAUAUAUAUAUAAAAAAAAGGUAUAAUCAAUGUUACAAACAUGGCAAGUUGGUCGCUAUAUUCGCCACCUUUCCAAUCGCUCUACGUCCACCUCAAGGCCUGGGGGCCAAAUCUGUCCUGCCACAUCAUUUUAUGUGGCCCGUGAAAACAAAUCAAACAAGUCAGCUUUCAUGAUACUUGCUAAAAUCUAUACCAAAAUGUCAAAUUUGCAUGUGUGAUCAUUAACAGAGAUUGCACGUAUUUUCUUGUUAGCCAAACCUAUCAUUACAGUAACUAAGACAAUAAUAAACCCUUAUUCUUGAUUUCUUUAUAUGGUUUCACAGUUCAAAUGGCCCUACAUUGUGGCCCAUGACAAAAAUGAGUUUGACAUUCCUGCUCUAAUGGCUAUUCUUGAAGAAAAAAAAAACCUACAAACAACAAACUUAUCAGACAAUGCAUUUUGCAUUCAAAUCAAAUGCACUGAUUUAUCCCCUUGUUGGAAACUUUUGAUUGACCCAAAGCAAAGCUAAAGCGAAUCGAUGCGCCAUCAUUUAAUUCAAUGAAAUUCCCGCAGCCCCAAGUUACCGCUCUCGGAGCCCUGGGUGUCUGAGGCCCCCGGUUUGAGAACCACUGAUGUAAUGUGUGACAGUUUAUGAAAUAUGGCAUGUACAAAACAGCAAGGUGUUGUGUGUCAUUAGUUCAAUAUAUACAAACAUGUUAGGACCACAUGGAACAUUGUGCAUUUUCUAUGCUGAUUAAUGCAAAAACUGCUGCCAAUACAUUUGGUACACCUGCACAGUCUAAUAAGUCUAAUAUAAGGGCAGUACGGGAAGAAUAUAAACAUGCUUUCCAACUACAGCUCACUGCUUUGCCUCCAGUGCAAAUGAACUAACAACCACAAGCCAAAAUCAAUUUCCACAUCAGGAGUUUUAACCAGAUUCACACAAAAAUCUCAAGUUCUUGCUGGGCAUGUGUGCUAUUCUUCCAGAUAGGUGGGUGGAAAACUGGAUGUGUCGUUUUGCCCAAACAAAUCAACGAUUCAAAACAAGACCUCUCACUAUGGGGUAAUAAUGCUCAGUUUUUGACUGACACGAUUGUCCUGGAUGAGGGUCAUUGAAGACGAAAUUGUCCUUAGGUGUAAGUUGAAAUGGAUGUUUGUCUCUAUGUUUCCUGCGAUUUGUAGACAACCAGUACGGGAUGUUCCGCACCCGUCGCCUGGAGGCAGCUGGGAUAGGCUCCAGCUCAUCGGCCUCAUGGGGAGAAGCGGUAUAGAAAUUGGAUGGAUGGACAUAAUAACAAAGUAGAAAAUUAGAAAAAGUAUGUUCCCACGACAGAAUCUUUGAUUUUGAAACAAGCUAGUUUGACUCAUUGCAUCAUAAAAAUGUAUAUAUAAUUAUAAUAAUAAAUGAAUGAAUUUCAAACUAGGCUUUACACGAUCAGCAUUUUGAGAGUCGAUCAGUGAAAAAAAUACAAUACUUGAUCAGUGAUUUACAAAGAUGGAGGAAUAUAUCUAUUUGUAUAUUUUACUCUACAGUCGACGCCCGCCAUAGCAAAAAUGCAUUUUAAACAUUAAGAAUAAUUUCUUUGAUUUUUAACUUUACUUUAGAGCAGGUCAAUUUGACCCGCAACAUAACAGGAGGGUUAACGUUGUUCGUUUUUUGUGAAGCAGUUUUUCUUUUUUCACCGGGUAUCGGCUCUCGUGAGAUUGUGCAAGCGCUCGUUAAUGAAUUGUGGCUUUACAUAAGGAUCACCAACAGCCCACCAUCCUGUUUUGGACAUAGUUCAGAAAUGAUGGGACAUUGUGAUUUCCUGAGAUGGUUGUAGAAGUGCUCAUGUAAAAAUUGAAACACUUGAAGAGAUUUACAGACUAAAUCCAGAGUGUAUAUUUAUCAGUUUCUUACCUUGUUAGAGAGUUGUUGACAUUAUUGUGAGAAAUCAUUAACACGAUCAGUGUUUCACAUUAAAAUUAUUAAUUACUGUACUCAUAUUGAUGGUGUAUAAUUAUUUCAGAAAAAAAAACAAGCAGUUUCCAAAAGUUUAGUUGACCGCUUGUUGUGUGUGGAUUCAAUUUCAAAUGAAGGAAGUGCUGAUUAGAAAAAUAAAGAAUCAUUUUCAUGGAAAAAAUAAUAGGUGGCGAAUACCGCUGAAUGAUUGCAACUUCCCCCCUCUGGACAUUUCUUGUUAUAUUUUUUUUCUGAUUGUCCCUUUCGAUUGUGAAUGAAAAUUGCAACGUCUACCCGUCUUACUCUUUAUCCUUCUCAUCAGUUACUGAUCAGUCUGGACCACAUUUGAAGUUUCUCUCCAAACUUACUUACCACUUAGUGACAGCUCUGCUGAACUCCAAAAUGAAUGUUGGAUCAAAGCCGCAAACCAUCUUCCUCUAGGCAGCCACCCGCUCCUCCUGAUACGGGGG